AUGAAGAUCAUUAGACAGAGCAUAGCUAAGCAUGCUGGUAGGAUACUACAUGCGCCUCGCUCAGAAACCAAGGAAGCUCGAACAAAAAUCAACCUCCGCAAGAAGCUCGAUGAUAUAAUGGAGAAUAACGGUGAAAUGCUUCGGCACAAUAGGCAAUCUGUGGAAAGGAUACAAAAACAAGCUAGAGAUGAUCAAGCUCUUUCGCGGGCUUAUAACACCCUAAGGCGAGCUUAUGACUCAGUUACGUUUAUUGACAAGGAUGGUAAACCAUUCAGUGUGGAUAAACUACGAAUGAAGGACCUUAAAUUUAGAAACAAACAGUCAAGACUUGUAUUUGACAAUGUAAUGAGAGUCAAAGAUAUGACCAAAAAACAAGUUAAUCGAGGUUUGGCAAUGACGCUACUAGGAACAAAUCAAAAACAAUUGGAUGACCCGUAUUUUGUGACAAAAAAUGUUGUUGAUCUCCUAGCUUUUGAUCAGGAUGCAAAGCGUGCCAACUACUUGUGCCGAAUCACUCCCAAAAAUGCAAUAGUGGCAAUGAACACAAUCAUGGAAUGGCAUUUUGACAGGAAAGACCAAAAGCGUGGGAUCAAGUCUUUUAACGAACGAAGGGACUUUGGCGUGCCUUGUGACUCAUACACAUAUCUCAAGUUUUUUGACGGGGUGGCCAAGACCAGUGAAUGGGGCAAAGUUGGUGAUGUAAUGUGUGAUCGGAUGAUUGAAACUUUUAAAUCUGCAAGAACUAAGUUCUUCCAGGACGAUGACAAAAUGACGACGUCGGUUUUCAAUGCAUGUUUGAGUAUUUUGGUCAAGAAUUUUGCCUAUAGGCAAGUGAAAGCAUGGCUGUUUUUUGAUGAGUUGAUUGAAAAUAAGGAGCUAGGCAUCAAAGGUAUCAACCCUGAUGCUCAAACAUUCACGAUCCUUCUACAAGGGCUCCGCAAAUACUCUGAUCAUGAAAAACACAAAAUUUUAACAAAUACAAAACUUUCUUCUCAUGAGCGUAUAGUCAAGCUUUUGGAUUUGGAGGCUGGUCAUAUCAAGGCUGCGGAUAUCAUUUUCGAAAAAGUGAAGACAGUGGCAGCUCCGCCUGCCCCCACAUCAAGCCCCGAACAGGACAAGAAAAACAUUGCAAAGUGGAGGAAAAAUCGACUUGAGAUUGAUUUCCCACUUAUUACCACUUACGUAAGCAGUUUUUGCAGUCGUGAUUCGGGCACUGGGCUUGAUUUGAAAAGUGGAUCGCACUAUUUGUAUAAUGAAAAGACAUUGGAGAUUCUUCGUAGUGUGUCAUCUGAAGUCGAGGCCAUAUUGAGUUUUUUGGAGCAAGAUGAUGGUGGCAAGGUGAAUGAGCCAAUAACUGCUUCGUCCAAGGUCAAAGAGUAUACCGAUUUGAGGAUAAAAUCGGCUGUCAAUGGUGCAAAAAAUACACAAUUGAGCUAUGUUUCAAAAAUUGAUGAGCUAAUUCCAACAAACGUUGUCAAGGAACUUGGCACCAUCCCCAUAAACCCGCAGGUCUAUAUCCCCUACCUCGACAAGUUCAAGUCUUUUUCAGAACCAUUGAUUGAUUUUAAGCGUGAUUGGUCAAUUUUUGAAAACCCAUCCACCAAAGCUAAAAAAUCAAAAGACGAGUUGGAAAGAGCAGAACAGCGUCAAUAUUCAGUCAAUGCAUACAUUUUGAACCAGGUUUUUGACAGUCUUAUAAAUAUGGGUAAAUUCAAACAGUUUGUACAAGCAUUUUGGUUCUCCAUGAUUCAAUGGGGCGGCGUUAGAUUGUACACUGCUGAUUUGAAAAAGUACAAUGUUUUGGACGAUUUCUUAAACAAGGCUCAGAUUCGCAAACACCAAGAUGCUAGAGUGCCGUCCAUUAUAGAUGAUGUCAUGUUUAACUCCUUUAUUUAUAAAGUUGCCGAGCAUGGAAGAGUGAAUGGUUCAACGAGGUCAAACUUGGUAUUGGAGAUGUUUGCAGCAUUGACAUACUCCAAGUACCGCGUUGGGAGUAUAGAAAUAAGCCAAAAUCAUAUCGACCAUAUCUGCUCCACUUUGGUCAAGGACUUGCAUUAUUAUAAUGAUUCAAUUAAAAAGAAACAGUACAGUACCAAGCCACAUAUAACCCAAUCUCAAUUGCGAGAGUUUCUCAACAACUUGAAUGUAUUUGGUCAAGUUCAUGCCGCUUAUAUGAACAAGUCACAACUCAUUGUUGCAUCGAAUGCGUUCUAUCAGUUUAUGGAUAAAGUCAACAAGACGUUACUUUCUGCAAAUUGGGUGGGAGUUGACAACGAUAGGCAUAGGCUACAUUUCUACAAGCUUUUGAUUAGGGCAAGCAUUCGCUAUUACAAACCCAGGUUUAUGGUGAGCAAAACUGAUCCAAAGACGUAUUGUGUCUCUAUAGAGACUGCAGUGAAGGAAUCACUCAAGAUAAUAAAUGGUAUCGAAAACCUAGACGGCGGUGACAAGAAAUUGCGGAUAGCUUUUAAGAGAUUGCUAAACUUGAAAGUAACCGAAUUGAACAAGGAGCAGUAUGAAGCGUUUCUCAAAGAUAUUUACCAGUUGAUCGAUCUUGAUGAGAGCAACACAGUGACACAUGGUAUUGGUGAAUUGGAUUCUCGAGACACUUGUGGUACUGAGGCUUCUGACCCUGUCGAACUGGACAAAACAGAUGCGGUGAAAGAAGCCCACCACGAGUCUCAGCACUGA